CUCUCUUCUUUCUCUUUCCCAAACCCUAAAUAAAUAAAAGGAUUAGGUCUUUUGGCGUGACAUUUGAGAUAAAUGGCCCAGAGUUCUUCUUCUCUUUGAUACAGUAAACACAAAAUUAUCAAUCUUUAACAUUCCACCAUUCACUCAAACAUCAACACCGAAAUCGGAAAACAGUAGAGGCUGAGCUCCUCGCGGCGGCGGCAGAUUGUGAUUGGUGCUAUGGGUCACGAGCGGCUGACAGCGGUGGUGUGGGGAUGGUCGAGAAUGGAUCGAAGCAGGAUGCGUCAACGUCGGAGAAGGGGCUUCUCCGGAUCUGAACCAGAGCGGCGCUGGCGUGUGAUGGGGUGAGAACGAGUUGCGAUUCAAUAGUGGUGGAUCGUUGUUCGCUGAAGGUGAUGUCGCUGGAGUUCGGUAUGUUUGUUGAUGAAACUGCGUCGGCGUCGGAGUUGGGCGGCUACGAUUAGAACAGUUGCGAAAUUGCUGAAGGUCGUCGCGGCGGAUACAGGAGGGAGUGAUGGCAGUUCCGGCGUGGUGUUGGAGCCGUGGAUACUGUUGCAGUUAGAUGAAGAUUUGCAGAGAGCCAGAUGUAUUGUUGUUGAUGGUGAUGCUUCUUUGCUUCUUCCAGGACAUGCUCACGAGUUUAAUUUAACGCAUGUUGAUGAGGUCAUUGAUGAACUUCUCACAACAGAUUAUUCAUGUGAUAUUGCUAUGCCGCGCAUCAAGAAAAUGUGGACUCUUGAAUCUCUUGGUUCAUUAGAACCUAGACAAAGUGCACUUGAAGAGGAUUUUGAGGAGGAAGAGGAGAAUGAGGAUAAUGAACAACCUGCCGAUGAGCUUGAAGAAAAGACCCAUGAGAAGGAUUAUUAUCGUGGGAGAAUCCCUGCAAGGGAAAGAGAUAGGGAUAGGAGACGUGAAAGUCAUAGACACAGGUUUCUCUGCACUGACAGUGUGCAUUUGAGAAGUAUGAUGGGUCAAACAGCUAUGUUGCAUUGGUAAAUAUUCUUCAUGAUCAUGGUCUGUAUAUUUAGGAUUGGAUCUGCCCUUUUAAAUAAAUGUUGGAUUAUCAUUGCCUAUUUUUUAAAUCUGAGUUUAAUAUAAAUAAUUAGCCACAUGGUUAUAAGUUAUGACUAUUGAACAUCUAUGAGAGUUUAAAUUUUAUUCCAAGCUUUUAGAUAACAAAAGAAAAUUCAUUAGUCUAGAACAAAAGUAUAGUGCAAGUAAAUUCAUUUGUCUUAGAUGUGUGUGGAGUGUGAAUAACAGAUGAAAGAUUGAUCAUUAUGAGAUUAUGAAGAUUGAUGAUGCUGAAGGUGUUGAAGUUCAGAUUUUUGAAGAUCCUUGGCUGUUUCCAACUUGCUCUGGGCAGAGAAGGUGUUGUCCUUGCUGCCAUGAUGCCCAAUGCAAGUACUAUUUUCUGCAGAUUUGGUAAUGAAGAUGAUAAGCAAAGAUCUGAUUGUCUCAAAGUGCAAUUUUGCCAUUCUGAUGGUGACCUUUUUACUCUUCUCUCUGUGUACAAAGAAUGGGAGGCUCUGCCUCGGGAGAGGAGGAAUAAAUGGUGUUGGGAAAACAACAUCAAUGCUAAAUGUAUGUUAAAUGGUGUUGAUGUUAGGUAUAGUUUGAAUUCUGUUAGUGAAGUUAGUUUAGAAGUUAAACUGUUAUUAUAGAAUUGUUAUGCAGAGUUAUGAAGGGGAAUUCUAAAUUCUGUUAAGACUAAAAAAACAGUUAAAGUUAACCUCUUUUCUUCUUCUUUUGAAUAUGAUUUGUGGGCUGAUGAGUGGUUGUGUGCAGGGAGUUGAUUUUUGUUUGAUGUGCAUUGUGUUGUUAUGGUUGGCUGGAUGAAUUUUAAUGUGCCUUCGUUCUGAUUUUCUGUCUUAAGCAAGUGUAGGUUCUGACUUUGGUUUAUGUUUUUUUCUAUCAAGUGCAGGGCUGUUGAAGGCUUUCUUCUCACUAUGAGUAUGCUUGAACUUUUUCUUCUGUUGUUUGCAAGAAAAUGAGUCUUGGAAGAGAAUGCAGUAGCUGCUGAAGAAAAGAAGUGUGAUAAUAACUGUUUGAGAAGUAAUGGUAGAUAGCUUAGGGAUUUAUAAUUUGGGAAGUUAGUUUUAGAUGCAUAGGUUCUGUUAUUGUGGAUUCAGUUUUCUAUUUGAGAACUACAUGGCAGCUAGCUAGGUUAACAUGUAUUUUCAAUCAUUCAACAAAAUAUUAAAAUAUUUGUAUCAUUUGAUGCAGCUGGUAAUAAUUAUUGGUUUUUGAUUAUUAAUACAUGUGCAUAUAUAUAUAUAUAUAUAUAUAUAUAUAUAUAUAUAUAUAUGAUACAGAAAUAAACUGUGGCAAGAUUAAUGGUUUAGAAUGCAUAACAUAUAACCACGGUUUUAAAUUUGUGGUCAUAACCAAACCGUGGCUAUAUCUUGAACCAAAACUGUAUGUAAAACGUUAAACUGAAACCGUGGCUUUAUCAUAUGGCCACAGUUCUGUAAUCAUGGCAAAUAUAAACCGCGGCCUUAAUCAAACUACCUAAACCGUGGCCUAAAUAAGCCACGGUUGUCAGAAAGGCGUGGUCUAUACCAAAAAACCGUGGACUUUACUUUAGGCCACGGCCGCAUACUCCACAGUUGGAUUUCCAUGGCCAAACCGUGGCCUCAGCGUUACGCCACGGUUAUUUUGCAUAUAACCUCGGUUUCCUGGGCGUGGCAGAAGCCUUUUUUUUUCUGUAGUGCGUUGUUGAAUAAAUAUAGACAAAUAAAUAUCAGAUAUUGUAAUUGAACUCGACAUAUCCUUCUACAAUUGAACUGAUGAUAGUAUAUACUUCAUAAUUGUUACGUUGCUGUCAAGUAUGUAUAAGUAUUGUGAAAUGUAUAUGACGUGAAUAUAUAUUGUGAAUUCUGUAGCAACGCCUCAAUAUUUUUUUGUCUAUCUCAUUUUUGAAAAUGUUAUCCAUCAACCACUAACAGAUACUAAAGAUAAAUAACUCACUGCUAGAACCAACAUAAUAAUGAAGAGAAACUACACCUCGUAUAUUUUGCAUUGCUAUAAUGUAGUGUAAGGCAUUACACUAAAACUAAAUACA